UUCAAAAAUCAUCAAAACUCCGAAAAUAAAAUUAUUUCGAAGAAAUGUCAUGUGCCUACUGUCUAACCUUAUUUUCACCAAUUUCAAUCACAAAAAAUUACUGUGCAAUAUAUUAUGUAUUUCAAUUUUCUCAUGAAAAAUUACCACUUUAAAAGACACAUGCAGUCAGAAUAUUGUGAAAAUCUACCAAUACAUAUUUUUGGCAUUUACUUUUUAUGCUGCCUGCUGGGUUCUCCAUUUCCAAGCAGAAAAAAGAAUAAUCAUUGCAAACAAAUAACAGUGGUAGUGCAAUAUUGAUAGAAAAAUGGCUGACAACGAACACGAAGAAUCCAAUAAAGAACCUCCGAUAUACAUGGAUAUGUCCGUUCUAAAGAGCAAGUCACAACCGAACACUCCUACCAAACCAACAGCGUACUCAAUCAACAAUCGUACUUUCUACGAUGAGGAGCGGACAAGCGAUGAGUACAUAGAGUUCAGUCUUCACGCUGAACGACUGUCAAAUUUAGCAAAUAGAGAGCUGUUUUCAGCGGAUAUGCUUGAUUCGGAUACGGAUACUCAGAUAAUGUACUGUGAUUCACCAGACUUAGUAGACAAUAAACCACUGUUCGAUGAAGAAUUACCCAUAGUGGUUCAAGAGAUAUCACACGGUUAUGUAAUAAAUUCCAAUGUCUACCUCACAUAUGAACAGUGGAAUACAUUAACACCUGUAGACGCAGUUUUGGUAAAAUGUGUGGCCUGCGAUAUGUAUACAGAUAAGCAUUCAACAGGUCACCACAUAAAGAGCGAACCGCAUCAAAAUCAGUUGAGCAUGUACAAACCGUUGGCCAGAUUUGAACUCAGUAUAACUAGAAAAAUACGAGAAAUUUAUCACUGCGCGGUUUGUAACGAGGCUUUCUAUCUAAACGAAAACAACGAUCACCAUUCUUCAAAAUCACACGAAGGGAACCUUCUGUCUGCUGUAAAUAAAGUCACUGAUAUAGAAAUAGACUGUGGGGUUAACGGUGAAAACUCGGAUAACGAUAGAAAUAAGAACAACGAUUGUUACCAUUUCAAACAUGGAAACAGGAUUAACGAUAGCUUCAAUAACGGUAAAAGUAAUUACGCGGCAGCUAUGAAGAUUUAUAGGAAAAACAGUAACACCAGCGAGGAAUAUGAGGGAGAUUCAGAAUAUGAUUACAGCAACGAUGAAUUGGAUAUUUUUUGGGAUACGCCACACGAAGACGCUCAAACCGGCAAUUCUUACGCUACAGCGCUCAAAAAACCUAAAGUUUACAAUAUGCCUACGUUUUUAGAAACUAAAAUAGGCGAUAAAAAGGUCAAAGUUAAAUUCGACUCGUGGCAUAUGCUUAUAAGUCCUAAAGUAAAUAGGUUGUAUUGUAUGGUGUGUCGAGAAUAUAUCCAUAUUAGAAGUAAGGCAGAACAUUGUUACGACGCUAAUCAUUUGAUUAAACUGGAAAACUGUAAAGUUUUAACUCAUUUUGGUGAUUAUCUCAUCAGAGAGAUAGACGAUAAGUUUUACCAUUGCGGUCAUUGCAACAACUUGCUUCUAAUCAAUGACACGAAAGACCACAUCGAAAAACGACAUUCUAAAUUCAACAAAAACGCCAAAAACAAUAAUAACGAUAGCCAAAUUAACGAUGACGCUGAUAAACUUAAAAAUGUUCCCGUUGCAAACAGUGUUAACGAAAAUAAUUCGAAUGGAGGUACAGUUAACAACAUUAACGACAAUAAACCAAAUGGAAACGGAUUUAACGAUAAACUUAACGAUGCGAAAGCGAUCACAUUUAACGAUAAUAAAGAAAACAACGCUCCGAACAGGAUGCAAUGGAAUAAUCCGAUAUUUAAAGAUAUGUUAACUCAGGAUAUAUUUUUGAACAUGUUUGGCUACAAAAUUUCUAUACCUCUUCUAUCGUAUCAUGUGAUUUGCAAGCGCCCUCAGGAUUUUUACUGUGGGCUAUGUAACUUUAUAUGUACAGCAGACAUCGUAGUGCAGCACAUUUAUAGCGUAUCACACAUUCAGCAGUUAACAAGAACUCCUUUUAUAGUACCAUUUAAUUAUAAUUUAAUAAGAGCUAUCCGUGAAGCACUACACUGUGCUAUAUGCAACUUACCGGUAGCAGCAGGUUAUAUAUACGCGCAUCUAAAUGAGUUACAGCAUAUAGGGUUACUUCAAAAAGCAUUGUCACCAAAACUAGAACAGGCAGCAAUCGCACCGAUCGCUGGUCCCGCAAAAGAACCCCAAAAACACGAGCCAGAACAAAAAAUAACGUCAGACAAAGAAAAGGAAGUGAAAACAGAAAUAACGAAAGCCAAAAUGGAAACGAAGCAAGCGAAAACAGAAGCAACGAAAGUGAAAACGGAAAUAACGAAAAUAGAAACAACGGAGUCUGUAAAAGAUGAAUUGGAAUCUUUAGCCUCUGAUAUGACAGCGGAUGUCGAUUUAAAUGAAUCAGUAGACUCGGUAUUUGACAUAGAAGAUUAUGUGUAUGUCAAACUGGGAAAUAAAUAUUUUAGAAUAAGUUUGCUAUCUUAUAACAGUUUAGUUUACACGGGCUGUGAGGAUUUUUACUGUUUUAUUUGCUCUGUAAAUGUAAGCGAGGAUGAUUUAAAAACGCACGUUGAUAGUCGUUCGCAUAUGGACAGCUUGAAGAAAUGCCCUUUUCUGGUUAUGGAAGGAGGUCUCUUGAGACAGAUCUUCCUAAAGUACCACUGCGGUGUAUGUAACGUAAUAAUAACAAGGGAUUGCCUAAAAAUCCACAUGAAAUGGCAACCUCACGUGGAACUCGUGGCGUUACAGAAUAAAAUAACGAAAAAAAUGAGAAGAAACGACCUAAAUUCGGGCAUGAGAAUGUACGUUGGCAACACACAGAAAGAAACUAUAUACCUCAAUGAAAAAGAACCAAAGAUUAAAGUGCUAUUCAAAGUCAAAUUCGAAGAAGAGACUACCAUAGAAAAGAAAAUGAAAAUUAUCAUCGUUAACGGUGACGUUCUGAAGUUAAACUUUGACAAUUGGAACGGUGUUGCCGCUGCACAAAAUGGUUUGAAAUGUCAGUUAUGUCAGAUGGAGUUUGCUGAAGGAGAUUUGGCCAAUCACGUCAACAGUCAAGUUCAUAAAGAUUUUCUGUCGUGUAAAGUUUUUAAGAGGGAGUAUUUAUCGGAUCUGCUGAGAGAGAUUGACGACACCACUCUCCACUGCGUCAUUUGCAACACAGAUGUCGCCAACAAAAAACCAGUCGCAACACAACAUAUUGAGGGUAAGAAACACAAGAAGAACUAUGACACCAUCAGAGCUGUCAGUUCGACAACCAACGCCUAUACGGAUUGUGAUGAUGACGUAUUGCAGCUUUAAAAUUGACGUCUAAGAGGUUUUUGAGAUUUUUUUUAACUUAAAAAAUAUACAGGGUGUCUAGUUUGUGUUUAGAAGUUUUGGUAAAAUUAAAAAAAUGGAAACGUCAAUGAAUACAGGGUGUUGGCAUGGUUAUGGGCCUGUGGUGGCCAUAGCCAAACAUUUUUCUAAUAACAUUAACCCAAAAAUGCAGAAUCAUCAAACUGACAUUAAAUUCCACUGUGUGUUUAGACUUUAUAAAAAAUAAGUUUUUACACUGCAAUAAAUAAAUGAAAAUCUGAAACUAGUGUGCCAUAAAUACGCCAUAUAAAAAAGUGUUAAAUUUUACCCUAAGAAAUAUGCUAACACCCUGUAUGUAAAAUAUUGUGAUAAUAUUGCUCUCCCUAUAUAAUAGCUCUCUUAUAGAGUAUAAUUAAAGAGCUGUAGUGAUUUUAAAGGUAUUAAUUUUUUCAAAAAUUUUCAGAUUUGAUUUUAAAUUGAAAUAUUUUUUUUUGUUAUAAGAUGUAUCAGAGAUACCUACUUUUAUGUUAAAAUGUGUCAAAUCAUUUAAAAAAAACGUUUAUUCAAAAUGAUUUUUCCUCAGAAAUUGAUACUUAUGCCUAGGCUAAAUUUUAUUUUAUAAAAUAUUUUUAGUUUUUAGUUGACUCAAAAAAAUGAGUAUUGUUGAUUUUUUCUAAAAAUAUUUUUGUGCCAUUAAAACCCUAAAGGGUUAACUAAAUGAAUGUUUUUUAAAAAAUCGGUAACAUUGAAAAUUGAUACUGUAGGCCAUAAAAUAUUUGGAUUUGUUAUUUUAAGUUACUUAGAAGCCAUUUUAUGAGCCAAAUACAAACAAGUCUAGUUCGAAAAUGAUAAGCAUUAAAAAUGCUCAAUUAUUUAAAUAUAAGAUAAUUUAAGUGAAGUUGACUAUUGUGAUUUCCAAAAAAUAUUAUAGUCAUGUCAAUAUUAAUUAUUAUCGUAUUUUGGUAUUAGUAUUCAUGCUUUUUUUCUAAUAUUGUAACAAUUUUAGUUUUCAUAGUCCCGUGAUUGUUUCAACCCCAGUUUUAAAAUGGGUUGAAUUUUAUUUGAUUCGUCCCCCAAUUUUUAACAAGGCUCUCAAUUGAACACCUUGCUCAAAUCAACUCAAAAAAGAGGUUGAAAUAAUUCAACUCCUUUUUCAAAUAGAGUUUGAAGUAAUUCAACGCCUUUUUCAAAAAGAGGUUGAAAUGAUUCAACUCCUUUUUCAAAAAGAGGUUGAAGUAAUUCAACGCCUUUUUCAAAAAGAGGUUGAAAUAAUUCAACUCCUUUUUCAAAAAGAGGUUGAAAUAAUUCAACGCCUUUUUCAAAAAGAGGUUGAGAUAAUUUAACCUCUUUUUCAAAACGGGUUGAAAAUUUUGAAAUGUCAUUAAGUUACCAAAUAAUUACCUUUCGUAAAAAAUAAGUAACACAUUAUGUAGGAUAAGUAUGUUUUUCUUAGUGUACGCAUAUACUGUAGCUUUUCCAUACUGGUUAAGAUAUUUUUUAAACUGGUUCUCUAGAUAGAUUAUAGGUCUAGGCGCUUAAGUCAGUCACUGACUAAUGGGAGUGGCACGGGAGGGGUGGCAUUGACAUAUUAAGAGCAUACAAACAGAGUAAAUACAAAUGAGUAGGUCAUCUUCAUAGAAACGCACCGAGCGCGGUUUGUAUGUGAGCGCGCCAACACGUAUGCGGCGCGCACGCACACACUGACAAAAUUUUGCUGUGAUUAGCGGGGUGUUCGUGUUGCGCCGAAUUUUGUCAGUGUGUGCGUGCGCGCCGCAUACGUAUAUUGGCGCGCUCACAUACACACCGCGCUCGGUGCGUUUCUAUGAAGAUGACCUACACAUUUGUAUUUACUCUGAUACAAAUCUUGAAGUCUUACUGACGUUUGACCGUCACAAAAUGACCCUCCCGUGCCGCUUCCAUACCUCGGGCACUGAGUUAAGUGUUAGAGUAGGCGCACACCGUUGAUUUUUAGUUUUCCGAUAGUUGUGCCCGAUUUUAAUUUGUAUGAAGAAUCAGCCAAAUCGAAUCGGCGUAGUGUGCGCACUCCCAUACAUGCCCAUACUGAUCAACUGCCCGACUAAACUAUCGGCCGACGAAAAAUCAACGGUGUGCGCCUACUCUUAGACCUAUAAUCAUCAGUAUUAAAUUCUAAGCUAUUUUAAACGUAAUUAAAAAGACUCAUAGAUUUAAGUCUUCCAUUGAUACUUUUGUAGUGUUUCCUUAAUUAAUAAGUAAUUAUUUUCGUUUGUGCCUUAAAAUAAAAGAGUGCUAUUUUGUACUGGUUUGUAAGAUUUUGUGAUUGAGAUUAGAAUUUGAGAUUGUAGAAUCGAUUUAUUUCGUGUGAUAAAUAUGAGUACAUUCCAUGGUAUUUGACACCAAUCAAUGAUUUUUUUAUUUGAAAAGUUCAUUUUUUCAAGUUGUUUAUUUAAACAACUUGCUUGUGGCUAAGAGUGGCGCCAACUGGUGACCGAUGAAGCACUAGGACUAGCAUUUGAAAUCGCCAGUUGGCGCCACUGUGGAGUAUGGUCCUGUCACUUGCUUGUGGCUAAGACUGGCGCCAACUGGUGACCGCUGAAGCGCCAGGAGUAUAGCAUUUGCAAUCACCAAUUGGCGCCACUGUGGAGUAUGGUCCUGUCACUUGCUUGUGGCUAAGACUGGCGCCAACUGGCGACCGCUGAAGCGCCAGGAGUAUAGCAUUUGCUUUCACCAAUUGGCGCCACUGUUGAGUAAGGUCCUGUCACUCGCCAGUGGCGCCAACUGGUGACCGCAUAAGGAAACUAAUUGAGUAAGUUAUUAAUUUCUAAACAUCUAGAAUUUUCGAUUUACAUAAUUAUGAUUGUAAGCUAAUUUAGUUUCUAAGAUGUGGAAUUGUUGUGUGAACUGUCAAAUGAUAACGAUUGUUUCAUUUGACAGUUCAUAACGUACAAUUAUUAUUCGGUCAAACGCUUUGUUUAACUGACUUUUUCGUACGUUAUGGACUGUCAAAUGAUUACGAUUGCUUUACACAAAUCCACCUCUGAAUUUUGUUCUUUAGAAAUGGUGUCAAAUAUCCAAUUAAAAAGACAAUGUCUUUUGUCAUUUAAUUUUAAUUAGAAUUAAGUUAAAUAAUUAAUUUAAGUGUCCAGAGUCUGUAAGCGGCGACAAAAAUUAUAAUUUAACGCUCGAUAAUGUUUUUAUUUAGAUAUUUUAUUAUUAAUUUAAGUUUAAGUAUUUUUGUGAUAGUUAUUUAAGUUUAGAGCAUAGGUAGUAUGUAAUUAAACUUAUCUAUUUAGAUUAUAACUUCAUCUUUUUUUUGUUAAUUUAAGUUACUCUUA